GCUGCAAGGUAAACGUCAAAGAAUAGUACAAUUGAUUUCCCAUGACAGACUAUAUAGUUCUGACCAACCCAGGACAGCGGGCUGCGUGUUUUCAGUUCCUUCGGCUGUGGGUACAGGGAUGGUAGCCCUUGUUUACUAGGUUAUUUGAUGUUUUGCAGAAGAUUAGAAGACGACGAAGACACAAUGAGACCUGGAUUGUAUCCAACAGCAGAAUAUUUUGUUCUUAUAUACAAAUAUGCAGUGUAUGCACAUCUUAUUUUCAAAAUGAAAGCAAAACCCAUGUGAAAAUGGGAGAUUGGAACUUUCUGGGAGGGAUAUUGGAGGAAGUCCAUAUUCACUCAACCAUGGUCGGGAAGAUCUGGCUGACCAUCCUGUUUAUCUUCCGGAUGCUGGUCUUGGGCGUGGCUGCGGAGGACGUGUGGAACGACGAGCAGGCCGACUUCAUCUGCAACACAGAGCAGCCGGGGUGCCGCAAUGUGUGCUAUGACUGGGCCUUCCCCAUCUCACUCAUACGAUACUGGGUCCUCCAGGUCAUCUUCGUCUCCUCGCCCUCCCUAGUUUACAUGGGCCACGCGAUAUACCAGCUGAGAGUUCUGGAGAAGACACGCCACACUAAGAAGGCGGCGUUGCGUCGCGAGCUGGAGGCUGUAGAUGCAGAGAUGGUUGAGGUGCGGAGACGCAUCGAGAGGGAGAUGAGACAACUGGAUCUGGGCAAACUCAACAAGGCCCCGCUGAGAGGUCCCCUGCUGCGCACCUACGUCGCCCACAUUGUCACCCGCUCUGUAGUGGAGGUGUUUUUCAUGUCGGUCCAGUACCUCCUCUACGGCCACCGCCUUAACCCUCUAUUUAAGUGUGAGAGGGAGCCCUGCCCGAACGUGGUGGACUGCUUCAUCUCCAGGCCCACGGAGAAGACCAUCUUCAUGAUGUUCAUGCAGGGAAUUGCUGCCGUUUCCCUGUUCCUCAGCCUCUUGGAGAUCAUGCACCUGAGCUACAAGAAGCUGAAGAAAGUCAUCCUUGACUACUAUCCACAUCUCAAGGACGACCUGGAUGACUACUAUGUCAGCAAAUCCAAAAGAAACUCUGCUGUGCAACAGGUUUACAUCGGAGGCACCUCCGCCAGCCGCAAGCCCACUAUCCCUACGGCACCAAGCGGGUACACACUCCUACUGGAGAAGCAGGGCAACGGACCCACGUAUCCCGUUCUCAGCGCCUCCUCCGCUUUUGUUCCCAUUCAGGGGGACCCAGGUGUCCAGCCAGGCUCAGACAGCCACUGUACAGACAGUAAGGAGGGAGAGCUGCCAAGUCCUUCUGGGCACAACAGCAACUCAAACAACACCAGCAGUGAGACGACCCACUCUCCCACCGUGGACAAGCAGGAUGAGCCGGAGGAGCUUGUCGUCCACCCUCUGCCCCAUCCCGCGGAUCGUUUCGCCCGCCACACAGACCGUGUCCUCCACCACGUGGGCUUCAAGUCAAGGGGCUCCGAGUAUCCCACACUUCCCGUGGCAGAUGCCUCUUCCUGCCCUAGCCUUUCGGUCAUCGCACGGAAACCGCGGAGGGUGAGUGCACCCUGGAACUGUUCCACAGUGGUGGAGGGGAACGUCUCAGACAGUGGGGACUCCUACCCCGGGACCAUAAGCAUGAAGCCACGCUGUAGCUUCACUGCCAGUCGAGCCAGGGCCUACUCUAAGCCAGACCUCAAGAGACCGAGCAGGCCCCAGACCCCGGAUUCAAUAGGAGAGCUAAGCUCAGAGUCUCGGCACAGCCAUGAUGGCGAAAGCCCUCCUAUCUGCUCUCCCAACCGCCGAAUGUCAUUAGCCAGUAGCGCAAGCAGCAGGCAUGCUCCAGGCGACCUGCAGAUCUAAUCAUUAUUUAACUUAUCAUCAUGUCACAAGAAACUGAGUAAGGUUACCUUUCAGGGCAUACUUUGCAAACACUGUUUUUAAAUAGACUUUUUCAGUUCUUGAGAUAAUGAUGUACACAGUAUGUAUGUUGAAAUGAACCAAGGCAGCAACGCUUUUUAUUAGAGGUUGUUUAACACACCAUGAUUGCACCUGUUAUUAAAAGACUAGAAGCCAAGCAGAACUGAAAUAUGUUUAUUUUUAUGUUUUAAAAUAUGAAAAAAUAAAUAACAAGAUUUCCUAAUUUUAAUCGUUGUGGUAACAUACUUUUUGAAAAAGCGAAAUAAUCAAGUAGUUUUAAUUUUCCCGGUUAAAAUUGGUCACUGGAUUUUGCCAGCAACAUAGCAACAAAAUAUACUGCAGUGUCAACUGUAAUUGAACACACUAUUAUCAAUAAUACUACCAUUACUACAAUUAUCAACACGCGUCCUACAAUGUAGACUUUGACUUAGGAGUUAUAAAACAGUUACAUAAUACUUUCAAUUUGUUAGUUUUUCAGGUCAGUUCACUGCAGAUGUCCUCCAUCCUGAAAAAGCAUUGAUAUUGCUGUGGCCCCCAAAGCCCACUGUUCAUUUGAAUGUGAAAUAGGCAUAUUUAUGAGGCUGUGGAAGGGGAUUGAUUUUGGAUCGAGGCCUAAUGCUUUUAUAUGUAUUUCAAUGAUUUGUUGCCACAAUUGCUUUAUAAACUACAAAUACAUUAGUAAAUACUAAAGAAAUCCAGAUAUUUAACAAAUCGUUCCCUAGGAUAUGGCUACCUCUAACAGCAAAAGCACAAACAACUUUAAACCAAUCACAGGUUAAAAUGUACUGUCUGAUAUCAAAAUAAUGUUAAUGUUAACUUGAGUAUAACAAUCUUUAGUGUGCAUUCCUGUCCCUGUAGUUCAUGUGCCAAAAAAAGUGUAAAGGACUGAAAUAUUAAGGAUUGGUAGGGGAACUUCUCAGAUGUUGAGAAUGAAUGUAAUAAAUGCAUCAACCAAAAUUAAUUUGCAUAAAAGAUAUUUGGUGCAAAUAGGUAUUUAUUGACUCAUAAAUUGGACAAUGGAUGAUGCUUUAUGAGGACUUGUACAAAACAAAAAUACAUUGCCUUUGCAAUUCAAGAUUAUUCUAUUAUUGUUUAAUACUUGACUAUAAAGAAAUAAACAGAUUUACAUUAUGCGCCACUUCCAAAACAGUGGGAAAAAAAUACUAUUAUACCAACUACUCUACUCGGGCGCUCCAUCCACAGGCUCUGGUUCAUACUGCUGAAGCUGUAAAAGAAGGUAUAGAAAAUUCAGGUACAGUGCCUAUAGAAAUUCUACUCCCCCUUUAACUUAUCCACAUUUUGUCCUCAGGGCCUCAGAACUUCAUGUUUACAUUAGGAUUACUCUUAUGCAAAUACCAUACCAUAAUCCACAAUUCUGUAUUUUUGUGAAAUUAAAUUUUACAAUAAAAAUACAAAACUGAAAUAUGAUAAUUGAAAGUCUUAACAACCUUAUGGGAUUCAAGAUGGGUUUUCUUGAGUAAAGCAGAAUUGUGAAGUGCUUGGGAUGUUGUUGUCACAUGCACACUUUGACCAGUCCAGCCGUUAAAGCUGGUAACUCCGUCAAAGUUGUCAUUGGCCUUGUAGUAGCCUUUUUGAUCAGUGUUUUACCUGCUCAGACAUCCAGUUGGAAAUACUAAUCUAGUUGAGGUCUUGGUGGUGCCAUACACCAUCCACUCCUUAAUAAUCACCUUAACUGAGCUUCAAUAGAUAUUCAAGACCACUGAAAUGUUUUUAUACCCAUCCAGUGAUCAGUGUCUUCCCACAACUUUGUCCCUCAGUUUUUUUGAAAGCUCCUAGGUGCACAUGGUUGAGGACUUGAUUUGCAAAUCACAACCCGACUGAGGGAUCUUACA